GAUUUAUUUGUGGCAUUUUAUCUCAUCUCAUUGGCUCUCUUCAAUGCGGCGAAUUCACCUCUACAGCACUGUAUAGAACUCACGAGAACGCUAACUUUGCGGCGUUCUCAUUCACCUAUCUAUUUAAGAACAAGCAAAUUCCCAUUUUGAUUUCAAUCUGCAGCAUACAGCAUAUUCAAUCCCCAAAAUUCAUACAUUCAUUCAACCAACAAAGAAUUAAUUACAAAAUCCCCUUCCCCUUCCCCCUUUCAACUCGCACCACAAAAUAUCAGCAAGUAGCAUGGAUCUCCACAAGCUCACCGUCAAAGAGCUUUUGGCGCAUCUCAAAGCUGCCGGUGUAGAAAAGCCCACUACUAAAGAGGGAAUCGUUGCUUUCGUCGAGAAUCAAUCACGUAUUGCCCGUCGGAGGGACCAAGCCAGGGAAUUAGCUGCUAUUGAACCGAAAUUGAAUGCGACAAAUGGAGGCCCCGAAUUGGAAUCCCUCCUCCAGUGCACCACCAAAGCUAUCUUCUCCGGAUUCGACCUCUCGCUCCCAAAGCUUCCGAAGGGAAUAGAAGCCAAAAUACAAGUUAACAUGCAACUUUGGCAUACGCGUACCGAGUCUGUGAAUAUGGAUGAUCAAGAUCAUGAAACUGGCCUACAGACUCCAGGUUCUGAGAGUGGAGAUGAAACGAUAAUGACCGAUAUUUGGAUGGGACGAGCACAAGAAUUUGUACACGGUGAAAAAGAUGAAGAAGAAGAAGAAGAAUUAGAUGAACAUGGCAUUCUCAUCAUUCAACCCCCACGCCGAGAAACUCAGCCGAGCCCCAAUGUCGCCGAAUCCCGAAAACGCCAACUCGGAAGCCCGGCACAACAAAUUACUUCUAUCUCAAUCUCAGAAUCCCAGAUCGAAGCAGUUAGUAACCCCAACAGACAAACCCAGGGAAAUGAACAGACUCUCGAGGCUUCUACUUCUAAUUCUAGAUCUGCAAUGCUCGGAAGAUCGAAUAAGAAACAGAAGCGUGUUACUUGAAGCCUCGCCUCACAUUGAUUGCGUAUUUAAACUUUGGAUAGGAGUAUGGAGUUUAGGUCGUGGUGACUACUGAGAGUUGAGGUGAGGGUUAAAUCAGCUCCUGAUUCUAUAGUUUAAUACAUAUGACAAUCACAACA